CUGGGAUUGUUGAGGUAUCAAAUAAGCGUCGCCUCCAGGCCCCGGGGAGGGGCACAAUGAGCCAAUCGGCAGAGGCGGUGGGCGGGCAAAAGCGACAGGCGGUGCGGCGGAGGCGGAACGGGUGCUGCGGCAGGAGGGAAGAUGGCGGACGAGGAGAAGCUACCAUCCGGCUGGGAGAAGCGCAUGAGCCGCAGCUCAGGCCGCGUGUACUACUUCAACCACAUCACCAAUGCCAGCCAGUGGGAGCGGCCCAGCGGCACUGGCGGUGGUGGCGGUGGUGGUGGCGGCGGCGGCGGCAAUAAAAAUGGGCAGGGGGAGCCUGCCAGGGUCCGCUGCUCACACCUGCUCGUCAAGCACAGCCAGUCCCGGCGGCCCUCAUCCUGGCGGCAGGAGAAGAUCACCCGGACCAAGGAGGAGGCCUUGGAACUGAUCAAUGUGGUCGUGGUCUGUGAGCUCAGCAGUGGUCACAAAACACACAGACGGAGGGGCGCCCGGACAGUCACAGUUCUGAAGGCCGAAGCCCAAGAUCAGGUUCCCGGCUACAUCCAGAAGAUCAAGUCGGGAGAAGAGGACUUUGAGUCUCUGGCCUCACAGUUCAGCGACUGCAGCUCGGCCAAGGCCAGGGGAGACCUGGGUGCCUUCAGCAGAGGUCAGAUGCAGAAGCCAUUUGAAGAUGCCUCGUUUGCGCUGCGGACAGGGGAGAUGAGCGGCCCGGUGUUCACGGACUCAGGCAUCCAUAUCAUCCUGCGCACGGAGUGAGGGCGGCAGUGCCCCCGCCGCCGCCGCCACAGUAUUUAUUGUCCCCAAAAGGCUGAGGGAGGGGCUUGUGGAGAGGUCUCCACUCUGACCUCCCGAAGUUGGGGCUGCCCCGCCAGACCCCCUUGAGUUCAGAAGAGCCGUGGGGUGGGGAGGCCCCCAGACCCAGGGGAUGGCGGGUGGCCAGUGGCCCCUGGGCCCAGAGGCGGACACCAGGGCCCACAUGCAGUCACAAAAGCCAAGGGUUGCUCAGUGCCCAGGCCGGCUGGCUGCAGGCCCAGGUUUGGCAGCCAAGCAGCAGCGCCCUUUGGCUCCUCAUUAAACCUGGAACCACUGCUCUGC